AUGGUGAACCGGACCGUCACAGCAACUUCAAUUUUCAUCUACCGAGUCUUCUUUCACAGGUUGCGAGCUUUCCCAGGUCCUUUCUGGGCUAGAGUUACAAAGCUUUGGACUCGCGAGUCACACCUUCGCGGAGAAUACCAUCGAGACAGCCUCGAGCUCCACCACAAGUAUGGCGACAUUGUACGGGUUGCGCCAAACGAGCUUGAUAUCAACGACCUGGAGGCCAUCAAGCUGAUCUACGGACCUGGCAGCAAGCUGUACAAGGGCCCCUGGUAUGACGGUCCAUCUGCUACCGCCGAGGCUCGAAGCAUUCAAGGAACCAAAGACCAUGCCAUCCAUCGCUCGAGACGUAAGGUCUGGUCACAAGGAAAUAGUGGAUCGGCUAUGGCCGAGUUUGAGCCCCUCAUGGUCCGUCACGUCGAUGAAUUUAUCGAGCAGAUAAGACUUCGUAAGGAAGUCGACAUCGCACUCUGGAUCAACUUUCUCAGUUUUGACAUCAUGGGAGAUCUGACCUUUGAUAUGCCAUUCAACAUGGUCAAGUCGGGGGAAACGCAUCAUUUCAUGACAACGCUUCGCAGGUUCAUGAAAGCUGUCUCCAUGCUGUCUGCCAUCCCGUGGCUGAAUUCACUCGUCCAUGCACUGCCCACAGAUAGUGCUGUCAAAGAUCUCGAAGAGUACUCUCGAGAUUGCUUCAAGACUCGAAAGGCGCAGGGUUCGUCUCGGAAGGACCUCUUCUACUACCUUUUGGGUGAAGAUCAGAAUGGAACCAAACUCACAGAGCUUGGAGCUGAUCAUGGACUCACGCACAGCUAUUGUCGGAGGCUCGGAUACGUCAUCCAUCGCGAUGGGGGGCUGCAGCGAGUCGUGCCACCCGAGGGCAUGGAGCUAGCCAACAAAUUCAUUCCUGGCUACACGCUCGUCAGCGUCUCUCCUUGA